CUGAGCAAUUGAAUCUCAACGAUGGGUGUCCGCGGAUGGGCUCGUCUCGAUUGUUCGACAUUUCGACGACUAGGACUCCUGGCGCGCGUUAUUGCGGUGUGACGACGCCGUAGACGCAGGCGUCAGGUGGCCGUUCGAGCAACGCCAUUUUCGCGGGCAUUGCAUCAUCCAUUACUAUUCUACCACAGACGUAAUCUGCACAGACGUGAUCUGGCCGUAUUGUCUCCGCUCACUUUAAAGGAGACAGGAGCCAUUAAUUAAGAAGAAGAAGCUCUCUCUCGGGCUCAUGUCUGUCGGCCGCUACCUCGAUUUUGAAAGACGCUAUCCACGAGGCAGUAAAACAAUACUUUACAGAAAGACCAAAGUAGAAUUAUAUGCGCCAUAUUCUCAAACUAACAAUUUAAUUCAAAGAGUAACCGUUUACGAAGAUUACGAAUAUACUACUCCUGUCGAAAGUUACGAGAAGUAUUUGAAUAGAGUUGACUGUCUUACGGAAUCCAGGAAGAACUUCAUUACUGGUAUCGUCACAGAUUUCUUUGAAAAGGGCCGACCGGAUCAUUGUAAAACUCAUCGUUAUCUUGCAUCCGACAAUGAUUCGAUAAAUAGCGAAAGAACAAUAGAAUUUUAUGAUAACGUGCAGUUUGAUGGUCUCUCGCGAAUCGAAAUAGGUCCGCUUUAUUUGACUCAACAUUACGUGGACCGUGAAGAUUUUGUGUAUUACAGACAUGCUGAAUUUUUGGUAGAUCAAGACAAUACGACAGUGGACGUUCAUUCUCGACAUAUCUCGAAAAUCAUUGAGAAGUAUCAUAGGAAUGAAGAUGUUCCGGCUUCCAAGGACAUGGCUGAGCGCGAAUUCGCAGUGAUGGGAAAAGAAAUCUGCAUUAAAUUUCAUUACGAACAAGAUCGGAUUACUCAGGCUACUCGUACAUUUAUAAAACCGUCGAUAGGGGACAGAGGAGAUCGUUUAGUUUUCGAUCCUACGAUGACUCAUGGAUAUAACCCAGAUCCGAAUGCACCACCAGAGAAAAAUCUCGAUCUCUUUUAUGCACUCGAUAAACAUCUGAAGGACGAAGAUCGCUCCAUACUCCACGUCAGAGAUGCUGAAGAGGACAUCAUGGCGUUCCUGCGAAGAAGAGCCGAUGAAAAUUUAAAUCCGCAGUUUACAAUUUCAUUAUUCGACAGAAAUCGAAUAACCGAAACGAAAAUCGAAUUAGAUACGAAAGGAAUAAGACAACCGAGUAAUCGCGAAGUUAUGCAAGAGACGAACGAUUUGGGACCGUACCUAGCGAGAAUAGGCAACCCGGCGCACAUCAGUAAAACGGAAGCAUAUCUGCUGCGCGACGAUUGUUUGAGCGAUUUUAAGCAGGCGUCCAUUGACAAAGCAAAUCGUAUUUUACAUAUGAUUGAAAAGCAAGCCACGGAACUAGAAAAGAUGCAAGGCCUUCUAAUGCAGACUGUGGAUUUAUCGAAAACGGAGGAGGAACAGAUGUUAGCCAAGAUAAACGAAAUAAGCUUCAAUAUACACGUGCUGGAAACGUAUCUCAAUUGGCAUAGAGAUGUAGUGCCACAGAGAUACAGGAUACUGGUAGAUCGUUUACGGCAAAAUCCGCAUCUUCAAGUACUUCAGAAACAUUGA